CGUCCUCAGCCUCCCGUCCGGCGCCCGGCUCGCAGCUCCCGGCUUCUGCCCUCGGGGGGCUCAGAGGGCUCUUGCCUGCUCGCCCGGCCGGCCUCCCCCCCCUCGCCCCUCCGUCGGUUCAGGCGAGGCUGCCCUCUGCUCCAGCCGGUCCCGUCCCGCUGUCCCGCCGCUGCCCACCGCCCGCCGCCCGCCGUCCCUCGGGGAGAGGCAGAGGAUGGGCGCCGCAGGCGAGCUGGCCGCUUUCCAGCAGGCGCCGCGGGGCUUCGGCCUCUGGGACUACGGCGUCUUCAGCCUGAUGCUGCUGGUCUCCACGGGCAUCGGCCUCUUCCAGGCGCUGUGCCGGGGCGGCCAGAAGACCCCCGAGGACUUCUUCACGGGCAGCCGGAAAAUGUCGGCGCUGCCGGUGGGCCUGUCGCUCUCGGCCAGCUUCAUGUCGGCCAUCCAGGUGCUGGGCGUCCCGGCCGAGGCCUACCGCUACGGCAUGAAGUUCCUCUGGAUGUGCCUGGGCCAGCUGCUCAACUCGCUGCUCACCGCCGGCCUCUUCCUGCCCGUCUUCUACCGCCUGGGGGUCACCAGCACCUACGAGUACCUGGAGCUGCGGUUUUCCAGGAAAGUCCGGCUGUGUGGCACAGUCCAGUACAUCAUUGCCACGGUGCUGUACACGGGAAUCGUCAUCUACGCCCCGGCCUUGAUCCUCAACCAAGUGACUGGUCUGGACAUCUGGGCUUCGCUUCUCUCCACGGGCACCAUCUGCACUUUCUACACCACCAUUGGGGGCAUGAAAGCGGUCAUCUGGACGGACGUCUUCCAGGUCUUGGUGAUGCUGUCCGGCUUUGUGGCCAUCUUGAUCCAGGGGACGCUGCUGGUCGGGGGGCCGGGGCAGGUCCUCUCCACCGCCCACAACCACUCCAGGGUCAACCUGGGAGAUUUCAGCAUGGACCCCCGCAGCCGCUACACCUUUUGGACCUUCCUCUUCGGGGGCACGCUGGUCUGGCUCUCCAUGUACGGGGUCAACCAGGCCCAGGUCCAGCGUUACGUGGCCUGCAAGACGGAGAAGGAGGCCAAACUGGCCCUCCUCAUCAACCAAGUGGGGCUCUUCGUCAUUGUCUCCAGCGCAGUGGGCUGUGGCAUUGUGAUGUUUGCGCUCUACAAGGACUGCGACCCACUCUUGGCCGGAUACAUCUCGGCGCCUGACCAGUACAUGCCCUACAUGGUGCUGCACAUCUUUGAGAGCUGCCCGGGGGUGCCCGGCCUCUUCCUGGCCUGCGCAUACAGUGGCACUUUGAGCACGGCCUCCACCAGCAUCAAUGCCAUGGCGGCCGUCACCGUGGAGGACCUGAUCAAACCAAACAUGCCCAGCCUGACGCCACGGAAACUCGCCCUGGUCUCCAAGGGGCUCUCAUUGAUCUACGGCACAGCCUGCAUCACAGUGGCGGCUCUUUCAUCCUUGCUCGGAGGGGGCGUGCUGCAGGGCUCCUUCACGGUCAUGGGGGUGAUCAGUGGGCCCCUUCUGGGCGCCUUCGUCCUGGGCAUGUUCUUUCCAACCUGCAACACUCUGGGGGUUUUCUCCGGCCUUGGCGUCGGCUUCCUCCUCUCCUUCUGGGUCGCGGUGGGGGGCACCCUCUACCCGCCCAGCGCCAGCACCAUGGGCGUCCUGCCCUCCUACGCAGACUUCUGCCCGCUUUACAACGUCUCCCAGGGCACCAACAGCACCCUGCUCUACGGGCCGCUGCCCCCCCGCCCCCCCUUGGAGCAGCCAGAGAGGCCGGGCAUUGCGGACGAAUUCUAUGCCAUCUCCUACCUCUACUACGGCGCCGUGGGGACCCUCAGCACGGUGGCUGUGGGGCUGCUGGCCAGUGGCCUGAGAGGCUCCCCUGUCGAGGACAGCAAACGGCCAUCCGUGUUGUGGUGGGAUGUCAUGAAGAGGCCAUUGGAUACGACCCCCGAGGACGCUGCUGAUCCCCAGAAGAAGGCGCCAGACUCGGCCUCCCUGGAUCUCGGCUUCGAGGCGGAAAAGAAGACCCUGCUGGCCAAGAAGGAGCUGAGCCUGGCCACAGGCUCUGCGGAGUCCAUCUGUGCCUGCCACACUCUUGACCACGGCUGCUUUCACCUCCUCCGAGAGACCUGCGUCUAGGGCCAGAGGGUGGGGUGGGGGGGCAGAGCAAAGACUGCCUCAAACAUCAGGCUGGCUCUGUCUGACCACGCCUGCAGGGGUCCUCAACCUUGGCCACUUUAAGAUUUGUGGACUUCAACUCCCAGAAUUCCUCAGCUCACCUCUGCUCCAUGGGAUGAAUGCAGAGACCCCCUCCCCAAGCAGGCGGACAUCUUCCUCAGCCAGGGCUGUUUCUCACCCAAAUCUGCCUUACGCCAGCAAUUCCUGAAAGGCCAUUUCCAAAUGGACAUAGGUGUGAGUGUGUUUGCAUGCAAAACACACCUGCAGCGAAGAAGGAGAAAGCCCCUCUUCAACCCAGCCAUGCCCUCUGCAGAAGAUGUGGGGACGCCAGUUGGAAACACCCCCUCCCCAAAGGGGGGAGCUGGGGCUGAAAGGGCUUUUAGAGGAAACCACCUGCUUCAUGGAAGGGGCACUUGUGAUGUUUACAGAAAUGUUUGGCAAAUGUGUCCAGGUGAUGGCUAUAAAGACCAAACUUGGCAAGCUCCAUCAGCCAGGUUUCCUCCUUCCAAUCACACAUACAACACAACACGCACACACACAGCUUUGUGUGUGUGUGGGGGGAGCCAGUAGAAAGUGCAAUAAAUUAUAGACAUCAUUUUUAAACAAA